CAUCGUCUCAUCAGUCCUCAAUCGAUUUGGUAUCCGUAAGUGAGUGGGCAGCUUUACAUAGGCCGAGUAUCGGAGAGCCAGUUAAAAGAUGACCGAACUGACAAUAGCGCUAAGUAUGCGGCAUUUGGAGGGGAUAAGUGGAGGGAGAAAUAAUUUUGAAAUGUUCUUUUGAACAAGAAUAAUUGUGGAAGAACGAAGAAAUUUCAUUCUUUGCCGUUUUCCACUUAUAUCCAUCAGACAAUAAUAGAUAUAAAGAUAACUUCAAACAUAAAAAAAGAAAAUGCCAAAGUCUCAUGUAUUACUUCUUGGAGGUACUGGCUUUAUAGGAAGGAACAUUGUGUACUAUUGGUUAAAGGAGAAAAAAGUUGAGUCGAUAGUUGUGGUGGAUUUGCUCUCUCCUGAAUUGGCGUGGAUGACUCAAGAACAUAGAGAUGCGUAUAAUGAUCGUAAAGUUCAAUACAAGAAAGCUAAUCUCAUUUUUCCUGAAGAAUGCACGGAAGUAUUUGAGAGACUUGGAGAUGCUCCCAAAUUCGAUGUUGUGGUGAAUUGUGCUGGAGUGACGAAACCAGGCCAAGCAGAGAGCGUGUAUAAAAAAAAUAUAUUCAGGGUUAGUCUAAACUGUGCUAGGGAGGCGGCCAUGCGUAAAAUAAGAUUUAUCGAGUUAUCAUCUGGAAACAUGAACUCUUUGGGUAGGAUGCACAGAGAGUGUGACCCAGUCGAUCCUUGGACUAGUGUGGCUAAGUGGAAGAGGAAGGUGGAAGAAGAACUAGCAAAGGUCCCUAACCUUGAGUAUACCAUCCUUCGUCUCCCGAUCGUGUACGGGAAAGGAGACUUGAAUGGUCUUAUGCCCAGAAUAUUAGAGGCGGCAGUUUACAAGAGGUUGGGAGGAUCAAUGAAACUGCGUGGGAGUGCCGACACGAGGAUACACACUGUGCACGUCCAUGAUGUAACCAGAGCAAUAUUUAAUGUCCGUGCAAGAGAUGAUACCAAAGGAGAGAUUUUCAACGUGGUGGACUACGAUGAUUCAUCACAGGGCUCCAUAUGGAAAAUACUAUGUUCUUUGUUUGGAAUAAAGGUAGACUUCACCGGCGAUCUCAUGUCCAGGUUGUCGGACGUGACGAUGGCCGCCGAACAGGCUAACGAGAGGAUAAUGGCCACAUGGGACGAGGUCAUGAAGGAAGAGGAUAUGUAUACACCCCUGUCUCCGCACAUAUACCCCGAGCAGCUUAUUAGCAAUCAUUUGAGGUUGGAUGGAAACAAACUGCGGUCACUCGAUCCCUUUUUCCUUGGAAUGAGUGUGUGUUUUCCAAAAGCGGAGCAUCUGAAGGAGAUUGUAGAUUAUUACAUUGAUGUGGGAAUAUUCCCACGUUCACUAGCCCCGGUACAACCAUCUGAUGAAGCUGUAUAAUGGAGAUAACAUAUUUCCAGUCAGCUCUCCCUGAAUUAGCGCAAAUGUAUCUAGAACAGGCUGGAGCGUACCAAAAGGUCCUUAAAUGAACUAAUUUUAAAACUGAUUUUUGGCCAGCAGAUAGUACUCAACGUCCUUAGAUUUUAACUACAGCGUGCUAGCUCUAAUACUGCCGCAACGCUUCUCAGACCUGCUUUAAAGUGGUAAAAAGACGUUUUGGUGGUAUUCUCAAACCUGUUUUGGAGGCAUUUACACAAGUCCGGAAGGGCUGACUAGGGUUAUUUUAUAACCACUAAAAAUACUAUAACAUAUACCAAAACAAGUUUUCUUGAAAUUAAUGGUUGAACAUGGUUGCGACUUCUCUAACUUUCAGGAACGUCUCUCUAACAAGUUAAAUUCCCAAUCUAAACUGCUUAACCACACACUGAAGCAAAGAUACGUAAUGUAAUACUUUUGGUGAUGAUAGACAGAAUCGUUUUUAAAUUCAAGUAGAAAUAAUUUUUCAAAUUAAGUGCCCUACUGUAUUUUUAUAGUUGUAGUCACCGUCUUGGCGGUUACGUCAUCAACGCCAUAUGAAAUAAGUAAACAGAUCGAGUCUACGUACCAUGGGCGGAUCUUAAUUUUCCUAACUGAUAAUAAAAUAAUUUUCCUAACUGCUGUUUUAAUUCUCUUCCUGGAAAUACUCUAAUAAAUUUCGCACAAGCUGUCGGCCUUCUCCAUUGAAGAUUGAUAACAAGACAACUCAAAUUGUACACCGAUGUCAAGUAAGUUGUCACUCUGACAAACAUGAUUGAAAGGCACUCAUACGUUUUCGAGACGGAGACACACAACUGAAAACCGCAUGUCUUUGAACUUACCGAAGAAGCGUUCGCACACAGGGGUAGGUUGCAUGUGUAUGUAUGAGGGAGAUGGAGAUAUAUGUGUAUAAAGGGUUACUGGUAGUCUUACUUUGGCCCGCCAAGAACGGUUACUACAACUUCACCUCUGAAGGUGCAUUUGAUAGAAUGUGUGUCUAGGUGAAGCUACAGGUUGACAUAUGCAGGGUGACUGAAAAAAAAAUAAAGAGCAAUAUUUAUACAGUAGGAAGUAGAUCGAUCACAAUAUGAAGGGUUCUUAUGAACACAGGUCCUAAAACGCCCUCUUACCGGGAUACAAUGUGUUAUAACGCCACUGAUGAUACAGUCCACAUGACAUGGAUGUCAGUGUCAAGCUACACUAAAUUCAACUUCUUUCAAAUUAGGAAAGGUUAAAAUUUUUACGAGAAUAUAGAAACUUAGCAAUUUUAUCGCCGUUUUUAAUCAUCCUGUAUAUGCAGCAAUGGUCUCACGGAUUCUGACCCUGUGUUGGUCGUAAGUUAAUAUUUAUCAAAAUGUUUGUAGCUCAGAUUAUCAGUCAGUUGAUUAUUAUGUAAAAUAUUUCAUUAACAUGUUUUUACAGAAACCUGGAAUUUAAAUGAUUCGUUGUCAUUUUAAAACUGAUUUUUUCGUUGUGUAAAAACAUUCUGCGCAAAAAAUGUAAAGAUGUCUGCGAACAAAUGCUCUUCUUGUAAGUAGUUUCUUCAUAUUUAUAUUAUAUUGAAAAUAUUUGAAUUCGAUCAAAAUCAAUCCAAAACAGACAUCUAUAUAAUUUUUAUGGCAUAUCGUGAUUUUUUAUAUUGACUGAGUUAGUGUUACGAAUUCAAUCAAACCAUUUUAUCCAAAGAAUGCUACAUUCACAACAAUAGGAAAAUACUAUUAAAAUGAUAUUUACGAUGCUUCGCAAUAAACUUAGCUGCGCUCCAAUUAUCUCAUUGUUGGCGACCCAGUAAAUUGGCCAACAGUAGCGCGAGAAUUUGACGAUUGGGUGUCAGUGUUUGUUGUGAUGCAGUGAAAAUCACGUGUGCGUAUUUAUGUUAGUUAUGUAAUAUACAAUAUUAUAUACUAUUAUAUUUAAAUUAGCAAUUAGCGAAUAUACUAUACCUAUACUAUUUUAGAUUAAUGUAAGAUACCUAAAACCCUAGAAAUGUAAAUUUUAAGUUCAACAUUUUGCUCAAUUUACUCGUUAAAAGUGAAGCAUCUUAUUUUUGUAUCGUAUUGAUGAGGUUAUACUGUUAUACCUUUACAAAAAUAAAGCAACCUUCGUGGUAGGAAUUUUUAGAAGAUUUUGCUCGAUUUAUUUGUAAAAUGUGAAACGUUGAAAGGUGAUUUUUGUAUUGAUAGGAUUUAUAUAUUGUAAUACAUGAAUGAAAUAAAAAUUACACUGCCAAUGUCGUUAUCAUUAUAAUGAAGAGUGC